UGGCUCGUAGCGUGUGCCACACAGUCGUGCGUAGCAAUCCGCGCAACAAGAAAAAGACAGCUACCGGUACGAGUACGAGUACUACCCGUACGAGUAUCCUACCGGUAAGACGAGGCCUGAGGAGGACUACGGUACAAUUCCAACACCAACCCACCCAACACCGGCACAACCAACCGCAACCACAAGACUUCCCACAGAACCAACCAACCAACCACCCCCACACAAGACCACCAUGCCGAACCCACAAGCCGAAGCCAUCAAAGCCGAAGGAAACGGCUUCUUCAAAGCCGGCAAGUACGCCGAUGCCAUCGCCAAGUACAAGGAGGCCACCUCCAUCGACGACAAGGUCCCCUCGUACUGGUCCAACAUGGCCGCCUGCUACGAAAAGCUCGGCGAGUACGAGAAGAUGGCCGACGCCGGUCGCUCCUGCGUGAAAGCCGACAGGACCUUCGUGAAGGGAUACUUCCGCCUGGCGGUCGCCUACAAGAACCUGAACCAGCUGAGCGAGUGCAUCAAGACGCUCGAGAGCGGGCUCGCCGUCCAGUCCUCCAACCCGGACCUGAAGCGCAUGAAGAAGGAGGUCACCGAGCUGCAGCGCGGAGAGCAGGUCGCCGCCUACUGCAACAAGGCCGACGAGCUGAUGCAGAACGGAGACAUUGCCGGGGCCAUGAAACAGCUGGACCUGGCCUCGCGCCUGGACGCCGGGAACUCGAUCGUCGAGAAAAUGAUGGGCAAGGUCAAGCCCAAGUGGGAGGCCAUGGAGAAGAAGCGCAAGGCCAACCUCAGUCCCGUCGAGGUCUUCAAGGAGCGCGGAGAUGCCUCCUACAAGAACGCCUCCUUCGAGGAGGCCAUCGGGCACUACACCCAGUGCGUGGAACAGCUCCAGAACGAGGGCAAGUCCGGCAGCGACCUGGCCCUGAAGGCCUACGCCAACCGUGCGGGUGAGUUCCGUGUCGUGGGGCCGUGUCGUGGAAGACGAGAGCGCACGAUUUUCGAAACCGGAGCGUUGUUUUUUGUUUUUUCCCUUUGUGUUGCCGCGGUUCGAUCCAGUUCCAGUUCCAGUUCCAGUUCCAUUCCGCUUCCGUUUUCUCUCGUAAUUUGCUUCUCGUUCCUCGUCUAACCCUUGGUAAAAUUCUGUCUGUUUCCUUUUCGUCACAUUCCAAUCGCACUUCAAUCAUUCGUCCCAAACAUUUCCACAAACGCUAACGCAGCGUGCUACAAACAAAUCUCCAACUUUGACGGCGUCAUUUCCGAUUGCACUGCUGUCCUGGAGGUCGAUCCGGAAAACGUCAAGGCCCUUAUCCGCCGGGCCCAGGCCUUUGAGGGAGUCGAGCGCUACCGAUUCGCCCUGCAGGACGUCAAGACGGUGCUCAUGAUGCCCUACAACCAGGUCGGAAAGGCCAACUUUGACCUCUGCAACAUGAUGCAGCACCGAUUGCAGAGAACCGUCAGCCAGCUCAAGAAGAUGAACUCGUCGUAAAAGAAUAUCGUAGGAAGCGAGAAUUGCCGCGGUUGGCAUGGAUUCCAUGGCACGCGCUCCAAACAACAACAACAACUACUACUACGACAAACGAAUGGGUGACCAAUAAUUAUAGAGAAGAACGAACAAAAGAGAAAAGAAAAAAAAAAGAAUGAGAUUUAGCGAAUUUAGUGAAUGGAGGGAAUGAAGAAAACGGAAUGGCGAGAGCACGAGCAGCACUGCUUGGUGACGAUGAUAUGGGCGAAGAAAACUCGGCAGCAACAAUAGCAGCAAAUGAUAUUCGGUUGCAAAUUUUUGUGCCAAAUGAUGGAGACACAGUACAUUGUACGACGGACGUUGGCGAUCGAAAUCGAAAUCCUCGUCCGCAAUGCAACGACAAGCUACGUGCGUGGUCUGCGAAUGGUUUGCCCGGGUGGAAUGGAACAGAAUGGAACGGAAUGCAACACCGGCGGCAUUGCCAGUACGGGCAUUUCGUAUCACGGUAGACAUAUACAUCCGGUGGAAUCGCUCCGCGCGCAAUGCUCCUGUGGUUCGAUCACCUAUGUAAAAAAUAUAAAAAAUGGAAAAAAAUACG